AUGCCUGCCGCCUCCGCCGACUCCAAGCCCAAUUCCGCACCGAGCUCGAAGCCCUCGUCCAUCACGUCGCACGACAGCAGGAAGUCGCCCGCAUUGUCCCCUCAGGACGCCGCCGCCGCCGCCACCAUCCCCGAUGCAUCCUCCCUCGCCGCCAGCGACUCGUCGCAUGCGAGACCCCCCGAGAGGUCCUCGGUCAAGGAGCGUCUAACGCGCAUGUUCUCUACAAAGGACGCCCCCCGCCUUGCCAGCACCAACGGCGACCACGCCGGCCGUCCGCGCGGCACCUCGUUGAACGGCAGCUCCUCGCCCGUCCCGCGCAAGGACUUUGCCGAAAGGGAUGUGAGCCAGCGCUUCAUCCUCAACCCCGAUGUCCAGGGUGGCCACGAGCACUUCCUCAAGUCGAGCCGCCGGCAAGAAAAGCUUUCGGACCUGUGGCGCAGCCUGCUCGGCAAGAAGCAGGAGGCCGUCCCCGACAAUGACCUGUCCCUCGUCUCAAACUGGGUUGACUCGCUUCGCCAGGAGAAGGAAGAGGCCGGCGACAGGAGGGGCGGACCCAACGCCACGUCGACGCUGGUGGAAAAGUACGGCAAGUGCCACGAAGUCGUCGGCCGCGGUGCCUUUGGCAUUGUCCGCAUCUCUCACAAGAAGCUUGGCGGCAGCGGCGAGAAGCUCUUUGCCGUCAAGGAGUUCCGCCGCCGGCCCGAGGAGACGGAGAAGAAGUACAGCAAGCGCCUGACGGCCGAGUUUUGCAUUUCCUCGUCCCUCCGCCAUCCCAACGUCAUUCACACGCUCGACUUGCUCAAGGAUGCCAAGGGUGACUACUGUGAGGUGAUGGAGUUUUGCGCAGGCGGCGAUCUCUACACCCUUGUCCUCUCGAGCACAAAACUAGAGGUUCAGGAGGCCGACUGCCUCUUCAAGCAGAUGAUGCGCGGCGUCGAGUAUCUACACGAAAUGGGCGUCGCUCACCGCGACCUGAAACCCGAGAACCUCUUGCUCACCACCCGCGGCGCCCUCAAGAUUACUGACUUUGGCAACGGAGAAUGCUUCCGCAUGGCUUGGGAGACGGACGCCCACAUGGUCUCGGGCCUCUGCGGCUCGGCCCCGUACAUCGCCCCGGAAGAGUACACCGACAAGGAGUUUGACGCCCGGGCCGUCGAUGUGUGGGCCUGCGGCGUCAUCUACAUGGCCAUGAGGACCGGUCGCCACCUCUGGCGCGUCGCCAAAAAGGAUGAGGAUGAAUUCUAUGCUCGCUAUCUCGAGGGGCGCCGCGACGAGGAGGGCUAUGGCCCAAUCGAGUCUCUCCACCGCGCACGGUGUCGCAACGUCAUCUAUUCGGUCCUGGACCCUCACCCUACCCGCCGCCUGACGGCCGCUCAGGUCCUCAAGUCCGAAUGGGUCCGCGAGAUAAAACUAUGCAAGGCCGGCGAAGAGGGUCUCUAA